CUUUCAAAUUCUCUCUCCAUUUCUCUCAUCACUUUCCUGUUUGUCCCUCUUUCUGACGAAAUGGAACCCCAUCUCUUCCCAACUAUGCCUUUGAUUUUAAUCAUGACAAUAAUCUUCCUCAGCCCUCCUUCGUUUGUGUCUGCCAAUGAUGAGCGAUAUCAAAACUGCAGCUCAACAUUUCAGUGCGGAAACAUUACAAAUAUUGGCUAUCCUUUCUGGGGUUUGAACCGACCUGAUUAUUGUGGCAACCCCAACUUCAGGCUUAAUUGCACUGACCAAACGGCCGUGAUCACCAUCAAGAAUUUAACUUACCAAGUGCUUGAAAUCGAUAGCGGGGCAAAGAAUCUUAUGGUUGCCAGAACAGAUUACAUAGGAAGCAUCUGUCCUAACCUCCUUAUCAACACCACUUUGGAUUUUGUCCAUUUCAGCUAUGCUUCUGAUAUUCAGAAUGUAACUCUAUAUUACGGUUGCUCCUCCCCUUCAACCUCGAUUGGCAUUACAGGGUUUUCUCAGUUUAAUUGUAAAUUAAACGACACGGAUAUCAAUAGUUUCUACGCGACGAGGAACAUUGAUCUAGGUAAUUCUACAAUAAUCAAUCUCCUGGGGUCGUGCAACAAUAACGUUAUCGUUCCAGCAACUGAAUCAGCUAUUAAGUCUUUAGAGAAUAAUCUAAUAAGUCUAAACGAAGAGAAUUUGGUUACAGCUCUAGAGCAAGGUUUUGGAUUGCAAUGGGAAGCAAACAAUUCCGUUUGCGAGACGUGUACAAUUUCCGGUGGGUCGUGUGGUUACAACACAACUACUAAUUCAUUUGCUUGUUAUUGCACUAAUCAGACUGAGUCUGAGCAGUACAAUUGUGGAGGAUCUACAACAAAUCAAUCCGAAUCAUCAUCAGGGGGGAAAUCUAGCAACGUUGGACUUGGUUCAGGACUUGGUAUAGCAGGUGCAGCAGUUGUUGGUAUUGGUUUGGUAUGUUGGGCUUUGUUCAUCAUACAACGUAGGAAAAGAAUUGCUGCCCAGACACAGAGUCAAGACCUGCCUACACCUCCUUCAAGCAAAGGCCAACCUGCUCCUAUAAUUAAUUUCUCUCAAACCACCCCUUCUUAUCCCUCCUCGAAGUCUGACCUUGAAAAGGGAAGUACCUACUUUGGAACUCAGGUAUUCAGAUAUGAGGAACUUGUGGAAGCCACAGACAAUUUCAGUCCUUCCAAGGAACUAGGCGACGGAGGCUUUGGCACUGUUUACUACGGUGUUCUCAAUGAUGGGCGUGUGGUUGCUGUCAAGCGUCUGUUUGAGAACAAUAUGAAGCGUGCUGAACAGUUCAUGAAUGAAAUUGAGAUCCUAACUCGUUUACGGCACAAGAGCCUUGUGUCACUCUAUGGAUGCACCUCAAAGCGUAGCCAAGAGCUAAUCCUUGUUUAUGAGUAUGUGCCAAAUGGAACUGUUGCUGAUCAUCUUCACGGAAACCGGUCGAAAUCUGGUUUUCUUCCUUGGUCUGUUCGGUUGAGCAUUGCCAUAGAGACAGCCGAUGCUCUGGCUUAUCUACAUGCUUCAGAUGUCAUACACCGUGAUGUCAAAACCAACAAUAUUCUGCUAGACAACAACUUCGGGGUGAAAGUCGCUGAUUUUGGAUUGUCACGGUUGUUCCCUAAUGAUGUAACCCAUGUCUCAACUGCUCCCCAAGGCACACCUGGCUAUGUUGAUCCAGAGUAUUAUCAGUGCUACCAACUCACGGACAAGAGUGAUGUUUACAGCUUUGGUGUGGUAUUGAUCGAGCUUAUAUCAUCUUUACAGGCAGUGGACACCAAUAGGCAUAAGCUUGACAUUAAUUUGGCCAACAUGGCUGUCAACAAAAUCCAAAAUCAUGCAAUAAAUGAGUUGGUAGAUCCAUGUCUUGGGUUCAAGAAGGAUUAUGCAGUGAGGAAGAUGGCAACAUCCAUUGCAGAAUUGGCUUUCCGAUGCUUGCAACAGGAGAGGGAUAUGAGGCCUACCAUGGGAGAAGUCUUAGAGGCACUGAAAAAAAUUGAGAAGGAAGAUUACGGAUCAGAGAAAGCAGAGAUUCUGGAUAUAAAGGAGGAUGAUGUUGGGCUUUUGAAUCAUGUCCCUCCAUUUUCACCAGACUCAAUUGAGACAACUGACAAAUGGGUUAGCCUUUCUACUACUACUACUACUAAUAAUACUUCCUUCUAGUAGUUGAGAUUUGGUUAUCCUUUUUUUUUUUUCCUUAAAACCUGAAAAUAGGUGGUUGAAUUAUCGUGCACUUACUAUCAAAUGCCGUUGAGUAUGUUGAAGUGUCACUAUCUUUCCAUCUGCUUGGUGUUGUUUUAUUUUGUUGUUAAUAAAGUAGGUUCAGGCAAUGUACAUAUUAAAUCAUCCAUCACUACUCACACUGUUGUUCUUCAGUGGGAUGCAUUUAUACCUCUUCUAUGGUGGUUUUGAAGAUAAUGUACUUUUGAGUUUCAACUCCGAAGUCAUUUGCACUUGAAACUGGUGGAAGACAUUCUAAAAUUUUUACCUUUCUGUAUCUUUUG